AUGGCGAGCGGGGAGUAUGAGCUCCGAGUCGCGAUGGAUCGAGCGACGUCGAUGAGGAGGAAGAGAGAGCUGCUGCAUCGCUACAACAUGGCAGUCAUGCAUGCCUCUCCUGCCAUGGAAGUGAUCAAGAGCUUCAGAGAACGAUCUGAAAAGGAACCCACACAAAACUGGGGGAGAGAGUUCGUCGAACGAGUUCGAAGCUUCAUGCCGGUUGUCGGCGCUGCAGGCGAUCGACUUGCACACCUUUGUCUGUUUGCCGGGGCUGAAGAGAUCUUCUACUUCCUGCUGGGCUCAGAGUUCUGUGAUGCUUUCGGUGCCAGUGCCGCCAUGGCCGAUGAUUUGACGCCUUGGGAAAGUCGAAUGAACUUUGAGCGAGAAGGAGAUGUAGGGCUGUACACAGGCAUGACGUGCCUGCAUAUUGCUAUCAUCCAAGGGAACAAUCGUUUGACCCACACCCUUCUGGAUAAGUUUCCCGAACUAGCUUUGAGGGGUUUAGAGGGGGUCGCGUUCAAGCCAUGCAGGUGGAUCAAACGCGGGGAGGCAGAGACAUGGAGAGGAUGGCGGUCUCUGCUGAGAGGACGAUGGGGUCACAGCAACAUACAAGUGAAUCUGAUGUCCUCUUUUGACCUCGGAAACACAACAAUGUCGUUGGCCGUGUGCAGGGGAGAUCAGGUGUUGUGUGAGAGGGUUGCUGCUGCGAUGCCGGACGUUACUCUAGACGACAUGGCUCGCCAGCAGGAUUGCGCCGGCAACACAAUCUUGCACAAAGUCGUGCAGUUCAGGAAGCAUGACGUUCUGAGAUGGUUGCUCACGGUUGUGUCUGAUAGACGGUGUUGGGAGAUGGAGAACAAUGAGGGGCUCACGCCUUUGACGCUUGCUGCAAUCCUCGGAUUCAACGAUGUGCUUCAUAGCAUGUUAACAACAUCUUUGUACUGCCGAAGCAUCAACCUUGACUUCGCGUCUCACGUCGAUAUCUGCUGCGAUCGUCUGGUUAUGUCAGGACGAGGCGGCCAAGGAAAGCAACCCAUCAAUUUGCUCGACUGCUCCGUGUUAGCUGGAGUAGAAAACUAUCAAGGCAACUUGCUAGUACAAGAAUUCGUGAAGGAGAACUGGAGAAAGUACGGAGUCAAGGCAUAUCUCAAACUUGUUCUUCUGCCAUUUCUUCUCGUCACGAUUCUCGCCCAUGUCCUGUUUGCGCUGCGAGCCCACGAAGUACAACGAAACUGGUUGAAUGCAUGGGCGAACAACUGCACGGCCAACGUGACGUACAGGCUGGAGUGUGCGAGGGAGAGCUACAGCGAGACAUAUGGCAGACUCUCUUGGACCAAGAAUUUCUCCUCACUAUCGGCAGUGGAUAAACUUGGGGCGGCCGUCUUUGUGUAUGAGUUGUUGGCUACAGGAAUCUGCAGCUUCUGGUGUUUUGCCUUCUUCUACCUCGCCCUACUGACCUACAUGAGAAACAACUUGAAGUUUUGUUUGAGGAGCCUCGACUGGAGAUCCUCCUUCAUCGUCGUCUUCCCCGCCUUCCUCGGUCUGGGUUGCGGCGUGACGUUCCUUGCUGCUUUCAUCUCGCGGUUGUGCGAGAGAGAGACUCUGGAGCUCGACUUCUUGAGAAGCUCAGCUGUACUCCUGGGCUCACUCGCAGUGUUCUUGAUGGUUCCCUUCAGAUACCUUGGAAGGAUCGUGCUGGUCGUGUGCGAUGUUUGCCUUGACGCUCUCGCCCCCUGCCUCACCCUCUUCCUCCUCUCCGCUCUCGCUUUCUCCUUGGCCUCUUUCGCCCUCUCCGUCAACUUGUUUGAAUCUAGCGUGCCCUAUUCGGAAAUCGUCUACACGUUGUUCUAUGUUUCUUUGGGCUACUUUGAUGUUCUGGGAAAGUCAAGCCUGAUCGCUGAGACACGAACACGGUGGAUUGGCAUCAUCUUGGCCAUCUUGUUCAUCUUCCUCAACUGCCUCAUCUUCUUGGCGUUGUUGGUGUCAUUCAUGUUCAAAGCUUUCAGCAACCAGGAGCAGCAGGCGCAGGCUCGACAUUCUUACGUCCAGGCGCAGAUUCUGCUGAGCCUCGGACAGCACAUGACGCUGCCUGCCAAGGAGAAACUGCGAAAGAUACACCGGAUCCCUCGCGCCGCCAUGGGGCUGGGCAUGUCACACAACGAGGUUAUUUACUAG